AUGACUUGGCUUUGUUGGAAUGUUAGAGGGAUGAAUAAAAGGUACAAACAAAAUGAGCUGAAAUACUAUAUCACUAGUAAGAAGCUCAAAUUUAUGUGCCUAGUAGAAACUCGUGUUAAAAUACAUAGAGUGGCAAGUGUCUUAAAUAAUGUAGUUCCUAGAUGGGGCAGCCUCCACAACUAUAGCCAUGCCGAUAAUGGUAGAGUUUGGAUGCUUUGGGACCAAAACAAUUACGAGGAGAAGUUGAUAGAAGAAGGGGCUCAAUUCAUUAAUGCGCAUGUGAAAGAUAGACUCGAUGGGUUUGACGCGUAUGUCACUGUGAUCUACGGGUACAACAGUAUGGAACAAAGAAAAGUGCUAUGGCAAAAUCUGAUUCGAGUAGGCCAAAGGGUUACAAAACCAUGGUUGAUGUGGGGCGACUUUAAUGCAGUAUUAUCUCCCCUUGAUAGACUUAUGGGCAACCCUGUUACUUCUGCCGAAACACAGGACUUCUCGGACUGUAUCCAGGAUCUACAUAUGAAUGAAUUAACAUGGAAGGGUGAGUUUUAUACUUGGUCAAACAAGCAAACUGGUGCGGACAGAGUCUGGAGCAGGAUUGACCGAGCUUUUGGGAAUGCAGAGUGGCUGAUGCAAUGGGGACAUGUCCAGAUGGAAUAUGACAUGCCACAUAUUUCGGAUCACUCCCCAAUGCUUCUACAGUUAUACACAACUCCUCAAAGUGGAGGUAUGGAUACAUCCGGUGGGCCAACAGGUAUGAAGAAAAUCUGGCAGAAACUUAAAACACUCAAACCACGGCUUAAAGACCUUAACGUCAAAGAGUUCAAGGGAGUCAGGCAUAACAUCGAUAAGGCUCGACUGACCUUAAAGAUUGUCCAGACACAGUUGGGUUCUCAAUGCACUGAUGAGUUGAUAGAAAAGGAAAAACAACUCCUCCUUAAUCUAGAAAAAUGGUCCUUGAUCGAGGAAAGCAUCCUGAAGCAGAAAUCCAGGGCCUCUUGGAUCAAACUUGGAGAUUGUAACACCAAAUAUUUUUCAGCUGUGAUGAAAGAGCGAUGCCAGAGGAAAUUGAUCAGUGAUAUUCGCUCCUUAAAUGGCCAGAGAAUUCGUGAACCUAAAGACAUUGAAGUGGAAAUCACUAAUUUCUAUAGAAGCUUGAUGGGGUCGACUCAGGCAUGCCUCCUAGCUGUAGAUAAACGAAUUAUGAAGCUGGGACCGGUCCUAAAUAGAUAA